AUGUCCGACUGCCUUCUCUCCGGUCUUGGCAAGGCCUAUUUUCGUCGAGAACGUCGGGUUUUUCCAGGGGCGUACACCCCCCUCCCGAGGGGCGUAAGGCCCUUUGGAGAAGCCCCACCAAGGGUCGCGGCCCGGCCCCUAAAGGACGCAGCUACCCCAGGCGACGGCGCGGCGGUGCUGUCAGAUUCCGACCCUAAGCGCAACGGAGUGAAGACCGGCGUCUUCGGCUUGCCUGCGCACAGACGGCCCCUCGCGUGGACCACCGGCUCCCGCAGAGAGACGCCCGGAAGCGGCAGUGGAGAAGCCAAGGUCGAGGGGGUGUACGUACAGCCGGCUGAGAGACCGGACGCCGGGCCUCGGCCUCGGCGAAGCCGGUUCGCAUCGCCGCGUUUCUCUCUGGCGCAGGCGGCUCUGGCUGCGGCCUCGCAUCGCCUUGUCUUCGCAAGACGAGACCUCCUACAGACAAACGCCUCCUUCUCAGAGUGCACGCGCGCUCGGCUCGAGAUCUCAGCAAAGCAUCGAACCUCCUUGCGCCUCACUUCCGCGGACGCCCGCUCGCUGGCGACUUCGUCUGCGUGUGACGCAUCUGCCGCGCCUGCUUAUUCUUGUUGCAUUCGCCCCGACUGCGCCUGUCCUUCGGAGCCUUGGGCGUCGUCGCUGCCACACGCCGGCGGCGGCAGAGACAGGAGCCCAGAGGCGCGCGCCGGUCUCGGCGUGCAACCACGUCUGGAGCGCAGCUGCAGCUGCCGCGCCGUCCUCUGCGCGUGCGCGGCACCGGCUGCCCUCGAUGUCGCGCAGGAGGAGACGCGAACGCUCUCCUGGGCGCAGCUCUUCGAUCUGCUGAGAAACAACACAGCCUCGCUCGGCACGCCACACGUGGCGGUCGAUCGCCUGCCAGACUGCUGCAAGGGCGAGACCGGGCCAGAGCCCCCACAGUCCCCACAGUCCCCACAGUCCCCACAGUCCCCACAGUCCCCACCGACCCCGGCGAGCCCGCAAGAGGGAAGAGACGAGCCCGGAGGCAAAGCAGAGGGCGCCAAGGCGACUCUGGGAAAUCGCGCGCCUGCGGCCAGAGGCAAACGCUGGGAGCUCCUCGGCGUGGCCUCGAUUGCACAGGGCCCGGGGACGCCUCCCUUCGCGGACGGAGACUCGGCGCGUCUCGAGCUGCCUCGCCUGCGUCACCUGACGCUCGGCCGCACCCAUGAGGUGUAG